AUGGCCCAUUGUGUGACCAAAAUUCAGCUGUCCAUCUCAUGCGCAGAUCUGUUGGACAAAGAUAUUGGAUCGAAAUCUGACCCCUUGUGUGUUGUACUACAGAGCAUUGGUGAUGGAAAGUGGUCAGAGCUGGCAAGAACGGAGAAGGUGAAGAACUGCCAGAGCCCUGAGUUCUCCACAAAGCCAGUCGUAGAUUAUUACUUUGAGAAGGUUCAGAGUAUCAAGUUUGGAGUCUACGACAUUGACAACAAAUCUGUGGAUCUAAACGAUGAUGAUUAUCUUGGGGGAUAUGAGUGCACCCUAGGCCAGAUUGUGUCCAAUCGUAAGCUGAAAGGGACCUUGGAACUAAAGAAAGGAAAACCUGCAGGAAAAGGAACAAUUACUAUUGCUGCAGAGGAGAUUAAAGACACUCGAGUUGUAAAUCUAGAAGUGGAAGCUAGGAACCUUGACAAAAAGGAUUUCCUUGGUAAAUCCGAUCCAUUCCUGGAGUUGUACAGGCAAGGCGAUGAUGGAUCCUGGCAACUAGCACACAGGACAGAGGUGGUGAAGAACAAUCUAAAUCCUUGCUGGAAGAAGUUCAGUGUUACCUUGCAGAGUUUGUGCGGGGGGGACUUAAAUAAACCUAUCAAGGUUCACUGUACAGAUUAUGAUAGCGAUGGCUCACAUGACUUGAUAGGGAUAUUUGAGACUAACUUGUCUCAGCUGCAGAAAGCAGGAGGAGGUUCCCCGGUGGAAUUCGAAUGCAUUAAUCCCCAAAAAAAGCAGAAGAAGAAGGGCUACAAAAACUCUGGGAUUGUUCGAGUCAAGUUUUGUAAAAUAGACGUGGAGUAUUCCUUCCUGGACUAUGUGAUGGGUGGCUGCCAAAUCAACUUCACUGUUGGUAUAGAUUUCACUGGUUCCAAUGGGGAUCCCAAAUCACCCGACUCACUCCAUUACAUUAGCCCAAAUGGAGUGAAUGAGUACUUGAGUGCAAUCUGGUGCGUGGGGAACGUGGUCCAGGAUUACGACACGGACAAACUGUUCCCAGCAUUUGGAUUUGGUGCUCAGGUUCCUCCAGACUGGAAGGUCUCUCAUGAAUUUGCCUUAAACUUCAACCCAACUAAUCCAUACUGUUCAGGUGUACAAGGGAUUGUGGAUGCAUACCGCCAGGCUCUGCCGCAGGUCCGCCUGUAUGGGCCAACAAACUUCUCCCCCAUUAUCAAUCAUGUUAUCAGGUUUUGCAGCAUCUGCAGCACAACAGAAGACGGCAGCUCAAUACUUUGUCCUUCUCAUCAUCACCGAUGGAGAGAUCACAGACCUGAAUGAUACCAGGAAUGCCAUUGUCCAGGCCUCCAAACUUCCCUUGUCAAUUAUCAUCAUUGGGGUAGGAAAUGCUGAUUUCAAGGCUAUGGAAUUCCUCGAUGGUGACAAUGGAGUUCUGAAGGCCUCUACUGGGGAAGCAGCCGCCAGAGAUAUUGUGCAGUUUGUGCCCUUCCGACAGUUCCAGAAUGCACCCAAAGAAGCUCUUACUCAAGCUGUUCUUGCCGAGGUCCCCAAAAAACUGGUCUCCUAUUUCAAGCUGCUGGGACUAUCACCAGUCAACCCCCCACAGCAGAAGGCCGCUUAA